UCAUUUUAAAAUGCUCUCGUGACCCCUCAACGUCCGUUCUUUCCCCCUCCUUCCUCGCUUGUCACUCUCUCUCCUAUCCCCCCCUCUCUCUCUCUCUCACCAGUUCGUGACUGCCGGACGGCUGGCGGAGAUCUCAAAUUUACUACAACGAUUGCCCCCCACGAGCUAAUGAUAAUUUUUGGUCAAAGUCGGGUUGAAGGACCAAAAGCUUUUCAGUUUAGAAGUGUGGUAGAGAACAUUUCUAGCAUCCGGGCUUUUGUUCCGUGUAAUGACAUCUGAUAUGCCACCAGUAAUGGCACAAAGUUUCCGAGCAAGCAGGUCUUCAUUCGCCUCUAGUAAUGGAUAUGAAUCUCCUUCACUCAACUCAUCUGUUCACACAAAUGGGGAUGGUUAUGACAGUGAUGGUUCCAUUUUCGAGCCGCCUACACCAAAGACAUUAUCAAUGGCCAUUCCAGCAGAGCUUGCUGGUGCGAUACCCUUGAUGGAUAAAUUUCAGGUGGAGGGGUUUCUAAGGGCAAUGCAAAAGCCUGGUAAACGUGGGUUUUUCUCAAAAAAAUCCUCGGGCUCCCAAGUGCGGGAAAAAUUCACUUUUGAGGAUAUGUUGUGUUUCCAAAGGGAUCCUAUCCCGACUUCGCUUUUAAAGAUAAAUAGUGAUCUAGUAAGUCGGGCAGUGAAACUGUUCCAAAUGAUUUUGAAGUAUAUGGGUGUUGAUUCUGCUGAUCGAGUGACUCCAACAAGCUUAGAAGAACGUAUUGAGCUUGUUGGAAAACUAUAUAAGCAGUCUUUGAAGCGUUCUGAGCUUCGAGAUGAACUUUUUGCCCAAGUUUCGAAGCAGACAAGGAACAAUCCAGAUAGGCAGUAUUUAAUUAGAGCGUGGGAGCUAAUGUAUUUAUGUGCAUCCUGCAUGCCUCCUAGCAAGGAUAUUGGCGUAUAUUUAUCAGAAUAUGUUCAUAAUGUGGCACACGGUGUUACUACAGAUAGGGAUGUCCAAGCACUUGCAUUAAACACAUUAAAUGCGUUGAAGCAUUCUGUUAAAGCUGGACCUAGGCAUGCAAUACCUGGUCGUGAGGAGAUUGAAGCUCUUUUGACUGGUAAAAAACUGACAACCAUUGUAUUUUUCUUGGAUGAAACUUUUGAAGAAAUUACGUACGGGAUGGCAACAACUGUGGCUGAUGCGGUUGAGGAGCUUGCAGGGAUUAUUAAAUUGUCGUCAUAUUCUAGCUUCAGUUUGUUUGAGUGCCGGAAGAUUGUUGCCGGUUCCAAGUCACCUGAUCCUGGAAAUGAGGAGCAUAUUGGGUUGGACGAUAACAAAUACAUCGGGGAUCUGCUUGCUGACUUUAAGGCAGCAAAGGACCGUAGUAAAGGAGAAAUCUUGCACUGCAAGUUGACUUUUAAGAGAAAGUUGUUUCGGGAGUCGGAUGAAGCUAUAGGUGACCCUAUGUUUGUGCAGUUAUGUUAUGUUCAGUUGCAACAUGAUUACAUACUGGGCAAUUAUCCUGUUGGAAGGGAUGAUGCUGCACAGCUGUCUGCUUUGCAAAUCUUGGUUGAAAUUGGUUUUGUUGUCGCACCUGAUUCAUGCACUGACUGGACAUCUCUUCUGGAGCGUUUUCUACCAAGACAGAUUGCAAUUACUCGAGCAAAGCAAGAAUGGGAGUUGGAUAUUCUUUCUCGAUAUCGUUCAAUGGAAAAUUUAACGAAGGAUGAUGCAAGAGAACAUUUUCUGCGAAUCUUGAGAACACUUCCUUAUGGGAGUUCUGUUUUCUUUAGUGUUCGCAAGAUUGAUGAUCCCAUUGGGCUUCUUCCAGGGAGGAUUAUUUUGGGCAUUAAUAAACGUGGGGUUCAUUUUUUCCGUCCAGUUCCAAAAGAAUAUCUACACUCUGCUGAGUUGAGAGAUAUCAUGCAAUUCGGAAGCAGCAACACUGCUGUAUUUUUCAAAAUGAGAGUUGCUGGAGUCUUGCAUAUUUUUCAAUUUGAAACUAAGCAGGGAGAGGAGAUCUGUGUUGCCCUUCAAACCCAUAUAAAUGACGUCAUGUUACGCCGCUACUCAAAAGCAAGGUCUACUGCUAGUGGCUCAAUAAAUGGUGAUUUAAAUACUAAUUUGAGGGCUCCCAAUCUGGACAUUUAUGAGAAUCGAGUCCAGGAUUUGUCCAAAGCUCUUGAAGAAUCACAAAAGAAUGCUAACCAUCUAUUGGAACAACUGCAUGAAAAAGAAAACUACAAAGCAAAGCUGCAAGAAGAGCUGGAGGCAUUGAAAGAAUUUUUGAUAUCUGAAAAGCAAUGCUUAACGGAAGUUACUUGUGACCGUGACAAACUCCGAUCCUUAUGUGAUCAAAAAGAUUCAGCGCUUCAGGAUGCAUUGUUGGAUAAACGGAACAUGGAAGCAAGGUUGGCAACGAUUAGUAACCCUGGGUCGGAGACCAAUGCCAAGAAGGAGCUAGUCGAAGCAAAUAACCAGGUGUUGCAAAGGAUCCAAGACGACCUAAAAGUGCGCAGUGCAGAGUUGCAUGCAGCAGGAGAAGCUACAAAAAGACUGGUAAAUGAGAAACUAUUAAUGGAACAAAGAAUUUCAAGGCUUGAAAAGAAUAAAACCGAGCAGGCAAUCCUUGAGAAGAACUUUGAACAAGAGCGCAAGGCCAUGAGGCUUCGUGUUUCUGAACUUGAAAAGAAGCUAGAAGAGGCUAGACAAGAUUUGGCUGUGGUAGAGUCGAAUUUUGCUGUCAAAGACACAGAAAUUGCAACUUUGCAGGAUAAUUUAAAGGAACUUGAGGAACUAAGAGAAAUGAAAGAGGACAUUGACAGAAAGAAUGAACAAACUGCUACACUCCUGAAGAUGCAAGGGGCUCAACUAGCUGAGUUUCAAAAACUCUACAAGGAAGAACAAGUUCUGAGGAAACAAUAUUUUAAUACCAUUGAAGAUAUGAAAGGCAAGAUUCGAGUAUUCUGUCGAUUAAGGCCUCUUAGUGAAAAAGAGCUUUCUGAGAAAGAAAGAAAUGUACUUGCAAGUGUGGAUGAGUUCACCGUUGAACAUCAAUGGAGAGAUGAAAUGAAGCAACAUUUAUAUGAUCAUGUUUUUGAUGGCUCUGCCACCCAAGAUGAUGUAUUUGAGGACACGAAGUAUUUGGUGCAAUCAGCUGUAGAUGGAUAUAAUGUGUGUAUAUUUGCAUACGGCCAAACUGGUUCUGGGAAGACUUUCACAAUUUAUGGCUCCGAGAAGAAUCCUGGACUUACACCACGGGCUACUUCGGAACUUUUUAAAAUUCUGAAGCGUGACUCUAACAAGUUCUCAUUCUCUUUAAAGGCAUAUAUGGUGGAGUUGUAUCAAGAUACACUGGUGGAUCUUCUACUACCAAAGAAUGCAAAGCGUCCAAAACUUGAUAUAAAAAAGGAUUCAAAGGGCAUGGUAUCUAUAGAAAAUGCGACAGUCAUAUCUAUUACAACACAUGAAGAACUAAAGAGUAUCAUUCAGAGAGGAUCUGAACGUCGUCAUACAACUGGAACUUUAAUGAAUGAAGAGAGUUCUAGAUCCCAUUUGAUACUUUCCGUAGUCGUUGAGAGCACCAACCUCCAAUCUCAAGCCAUCGCUAAGGGAAAGCUAAGCUUCGUUGAUCUUGCUGGUUCUGAGAGAGUGAAAAAGUCGGGGUCUUCGGGUAAUUCGCUCAAAGAAGCUCAAAGCAUCAAUAAGUCACUUUCAGCACUUGGGGAUGUUAUUAGUGCUCUGUCAUCGGGCAAUCAACACAUACCGUAUAGGAAUCACAAGUUGACGAUGUUGAUGAGUGAUUCACUUGGUGGUAAUGCUAAGACACUCAUGUUUGUGAAUCUAUCUCCCGCUGAGUCAAAUUUGGACGAGUCUUACAAUUCCCUAACGUAUGCAUCAAGAGUCCGUUCUAUUAUAAAUGACCCAAGCAAAAAUGUUUCAUCGAAGGAAGUGGCCCGUCUGAAGAAGUUGGUGGCACAUUGGAGAGAACAAGCAGGUAAGAAGGGGGAUGGUGAAGAGUUAGAGGAGAUACAAGAGGAACGAUCGGCUAGAGAUAAGACAGACAGUCGACAUUCCAUGUAAAUUGAUUUCUUCGGCAAAUAUCUUUUUCAAGUUGAGAUUGAGGUCUAUUCGUUCAUGGCUUUGCAGACAAUUCUAUUGUAUUGUGUCAACAAUAUGUUGAGUUGCUAAUGUACUUUAUUCUGAAAUUUUGCUAAGGCCAAAGGUGGAGGGGAUAUACGAGGUUAGAUACUGUUUUAGAGUAGUUUAGUUAUUUGUAACAGUGGCAUGUAUAUAUAGUUUCCAAGUUCACCCUUUAUUCGUGAAUCGAUUUUCUUAAAUGAAAUGAAUCCCACCACGCGUUCUGUUC